CCCGCGCAGCACUUUCGGUUCGCGGGGCGCGGGAGCGGCACGUGGCGGGACCCCCCCGGACCGGCCGGGUCAGAGACCCCCUCGAAGCCCAUGGGUGACCCCGAGCCGGGUGCCCGCCCCGCCAGGAAAGGGGGCACUUUGCCCCCCCGGGGCGGUGCCAGCGAGUCGAGCACGCUGCUGCAGGAGCUCCGGAGCACCAUCUCCAAAUCCGUGCAGAGCAAGGUGGACUCCAUCCUGCAAGAUGUGCAGAAGUUCUCAGACAGUGACAAGCUCUACCUGUACCUGCAGCUGCCCUCGGGGCCCAGCCUGGGCGAGAAGAGCAGCAGCAGCCUGGACCUGAGUGCCCUGGGCACAGCCGAGUACAUGCACGCCUGCAACUGGAUCAGGAACCACCUGGAGGAGCACACGGACACCUGCCUGCCCAAGCAGGACGUUUAUGAUGCCUACAAGAGAUACUGCGACAACCUGGGCUCCCGCCCCCUCAGCACGGCCAAUUUCGGGAAGAUCAUCCGGGAGAUCUUCCCGAACAUCAAAGCCCGGCGCUUGGGAGGCCGAGGACAGUCCAAGUACUGUUAUGGGGGGAUCAGGAGGAAAACCGUGGUCAGCCUCCCUCCCCUGCCCAGCCUGGACCUCAAAGUCACAGAGACCUCGGAGCUGGCGGAGCUGGUGCAGUCCUACCCCAGCGAGGUGAUGGAGGCCGCCUGCGCCCUGACCUGCGACUGGGCCGAGAAGAUCCUCAAGCGCUCCUUCAACAACAUCGUGGAGGUGGCGCAGUUCCUGCUGCAGCAGCACAUCAUCAGCUCCCGCUCGGCCCACGCCGACCUGCUCAUGGCCAUGGUGGUCUCAGAGAACACAGAGAAGACCCCCCAGGAGAACCGUCCCCCUCCCGCCGUCAAGAAGAACGGGCUGGACCCGCCCGAGAGCAACGAGAGGAUCCCACAAGAACAGGGCAAGAAGGAGCCGCCCCCCAAACCCCCCGGGCGGCCGGAGAAGAAGAAACCCCCCGAGACCCCCCGCUCGUGCAGCAGCCCCCAGGUGAACGCCCUGGUGGCCCGCCUGCCCCUGCUCCUGCCCCGCAUCCCCCCCCCAGAGCGACCCCCCGGGCCCCCCGCGCUCCGCCCCGGCCCCCCCGUGCUGGUGCCCCGUUUGACGGCGGCCCCGGGCACGGUCAAGGUGGCCCUGCCCUUGCCCGUGGGUGCCACCGCCGCCCCCUCGCUGCCCCUGGGGCUGCCCCCCGGCCCCGCGGGGCUGCUGAGCCCCCCCGCCGCCAUCCCCGUGCUCAACGUGCUGCUGCCCGGGGUGGGGGUCCCGCCCGCCGACCCCGCUGCUGCCAACCCCCCCGGCGGCACCCGCGGCCCCGAGGGCGUGGGGACAGGGACGGUGACACCGCAGGAGCAGCAGCAGCAGCAGCAGCAGCGACCCAAGGGCACCAAGAGACCCCCGGAGCCCGGGGGGGACCCCGCCCUGCACAAGAGGAGGAGGGGGAGGCCCCGCAAGAGGCCCGAGGAGGGAGCCGGGGGGGGGUCCCCGGGGGCGGAGGGGGCCGGGGGGUCACCCGUGGGGGGCUCUCCCGGGGUCACCACCACCCACGGGGGGGGCUCUGCCCACGGGGGGGGGCCCGGGGGGGGCGCUGUGCCACCAGCCCUGGGGACAGGGCAGUCGGUGGCAGUGCCACCAUCCCUGUCAGGGACAGCACAGUCAGUGCCACCAUCCCUGUCAGGGACAGCACAGUCAGUGCCACCGUCCCUGUCAGGGAUGGCUCUGUCACUGCUGGUGCCACCAGUCCUGCUGGGGACAGCUCUGUCACUGCCAGUGCCACCAGUCCUGUUGGGGACAGCUCUGUCACUGCCAGUGCCACUGUCCCUGUUGGGGACAAGCCAGUUGAGGGCAGUGCCACCAUCCCUGUCAGGGACAGCCCGGGCACUGCCAGUGCCACCAGUCCUGUUGGGGACAGCUCUGUCACUGGCAGUGCCACCACCCCUGGGGACAGGCCAGUCAGUGGCAGUGCCACCAUCCCUGUCAGGGACAGCCCUGCCAGUGGCAGUGCCACCCUCCCUGGGCGUGGCUCUCCCAGCAGUGACUCUCCCAGUGACAGUUCCAGUGUCCCCACUGGGGACAGGCCAGUUGAGGGCAGUGCCACCAUCCCUGUCAGGGACAGCCCAGUCACUGCCAGUGCCACCAGUCCUGUUGGGGACAGCUCUGUCACUGGCAGUGCCACCGUCCCUGGGGGUGGCUCUCCUGGUGGUGACAGUUCCGGUGUCCCCACUGGGGACAGUCCAGCGAGGGGCAGUGCCACUGUCCCCGUGGAGGACAGGCCAGCCAAGGGCAGUGCCACCACCCCCAUUGGGGACAGGCCAGGCAGUGGCAGUGCCACCAUCCCUGUUGGGGACAGGCCAGGCAGUGGCAGUGCCACCAUCCCUGUCAGGGACAGCCCGGCUGGUGGCAAUGCCACCAUCCCUGUUGGGGACAGGCCAGUCAGUGGCAGUGCCACCAUCCCUGUCAGGGACAGCCCAUCCAGGGGCAGGGACACUGUCCCCAUCAGGGACAGGCCUGUCAGUGGCAGUGCCACCAUCCCUGUCAGGGACAGCCCAUCCAGGGGCAGUGCCACCAUCCCCUCCAGGGACAGCCCCUCCAGGGGCAGGGACACCAUCCCUGCUGGGGACAGACCAGCUCUGA